CAUCAAAACCACGUUCUGAGAUUCGGAAAAUAAGUGUUUCAUUGAUUCACUGUCAUGCGCGCUAUGUGGAUAAGUAGGAAGGAAAACGGUGGCUUCAAAAACACAUGCGUCACUGAACAAAUCCUAUGUGUGCGCACUCAGGGAUAUUAAGGAUUUUCGCUACAACACAGGUAGGUAAUGAAGCAUCUGUAGCAUUCUGUUGGGCGGUAGAUUUACCUAGCUCGAAGCAGCAAGGCGGACAUCAACACCGCCCCCAGGACACACUUAAAAUUCCCGCACUGCUAAUGGAAAAUCGCGCAGACGUGGUCGAAGAUGCGCCAUUUUGCUAUCGCUCAAUCACCUCGCGUUCUGGUGCAGAGUGUAUAAAGACGAUCUCGUGUUACAUGAGCAUUUCUUCAGCACACAAUCAUACUCUUGCACGUCGUGUAUUCUCCUGCAAUCAUUUCCACCAUACCCUUCAUUCGAACGAGCCGUACCUAAAAUCAAGUCAUGCAGUUUACUAUCGUCAAAUUCGCCAUAGCAGCCAUACUUGCUGUUACUGCCGUGGCCUCCACUGUCCCUGGGGUGGUAGCCCUGGAACUUCAAGUCCGAGACUGCAGCUUCUCGUGCCGGCCAUGCAAUGCAUACCCAAGGAACUGCGUCCACAUUCCCUGCUGCUAAUGCUCACCACUAUCUAAUCUGGUCUCAGUAUGCUCGCUUGGGCUUGGACAGCAUUGUCUUGGCUAGUUCGGUUGAUUGUCGGGACUUGAAUAGUCAG